AUGUUUUUAUUCACCAUUUCCUUGUGUCUGUUUACCGCGCUGGUCGUGGCUGACGACCUGACUUCGUGCACCAGCUUUAGCAUCAACGGGUCUUCUAAGCAGAACUUCCAAUACUACCGCUUUUAUGAUUUCAGAAAUCUUGGCGCAAAUACUACAGUGGCUGUGAACAGCCAGGUGAGAUUUCGUGAUCGGUUGAGAGCGGCCAAUGUCGCCAACACGUCGUGGACAGAUGAUUGGAAAAUAAGGGAUCAGUUGAAAGAGCCUUCCGAACAUAACGACCUAAGGUGGAGAUAUACACCUCAGAAUGUUGCUAUUGGGACAACUGCGAGCGAUGUGUCGAAUUCGGAAAACAUUAGUACCUUCCUUAGCCUGACUGCAUCAUGUAUUGGAGAUCAGACCGGGGCAGAAAUCGACUUCACAGCCACUGAUGUUCUGUAUGCUUCUAUCCGUGCUCGCGUUCGAGUUGGAGGUGACAGCAGUGCUGUGGCUGGCAUCUUCACGUACCACAGCGAUACGAGCGAGUCCGAUAUCGAAAUCCUCACACGCGAUACUCAAAGCAACAUUCAUUAUUCCAACCAACCCACAACUGAUGACAGUUCUCGAACAAUACCAGGCGCAACUUUCAACGUUACCAUGGCAGGAGGUGUAAAAUGGACGGAUUGGCAAACUUAUCGACUAGACUGGCUCCCUAAUCAAAGUGCUUGGUAUGUGAAUGGAGUCCAAACAAUCAACACUACAACAAAUGUUCCGCGGGAACCUAGUGCCAUUAUAUUCAAUAUGUGGAGCAAUGGUGGUCUAUUCAGUGGCAGAAUGAUUCAAGGGUCUCGGGCAAGGAUGGAUAUCGCUUGGAUUGAACUGCUGUUUGAUACUUCACAAGGAUACAAAUUUCACGAUUCAAAUCAAGAAACAAAAGUUUGCUCGAUUGAUCAAAUGGGCCGGGGUACAACGAGCACAGGGUCAAAAAGUAAUGGAAAUAUGAAGGGUGGUUUAGUUUUACCAGCACUCUCUCCGGACAGUCAGAAAUGGAUAUUAAGAAAUGUACUCAAGCAAUCACCAAAGUCAACACUCUCAGCCAGGAAGGGAAUUCCUGUUCAUGAAACUUGUCAGGCGAAAGAUUCUGUGAAAUGCGCUCUACAGCAUCCUUGA